AUGGUGAUUUCUAGGCCCACUACCCCAGAAUUGACAAAAGAGUUAGACAUCCCUAAGGAUAUUGCUAGUGCAAUGCGGAAGUCAUUGUCUCAUGAUUUGUUUGGAGGGGCAGGGAUUAAUGAGGAGUCGAGUCCUAUUGGUACUCCAAAGAUCAAUACUCCUAUAUCAUCGGACGCAGACAAAAGUGUAAGGGAGGCGGCUGUUAGCAAUGGGUUUACGUCCGGUGGAUUAACAUCAAAUUCUACGGAAGCAUUCCCGGAUUACCAGUUAUGGAACCAUUACACUUCUGAUUUAAAAACAGGUGGUGCCACGACGACGACAUCAAGCUAUAACGAUGUUCUAGAAAUACUUCAAGAAUGGGAUUUUUCGGGAAGUCGGUCAUCGAAAAUAAAGAACUUUCAGAGACGGAGCUCUAUUGAAGACGUUUUAAAAGUAAGACACUGGUUGAACCCGCGCUCAUCAUUUUCUGCCUCCUCUAUGAAUGAGCCCGAAUUUACAUCGUCCGAAAGGCACAUUGCAACCCCUACUUCUGCUCCGAAUAAAGCCGAGAGGUGUUGCUGGGUGACACUACUUUUGGGGACCGAGGACAUAAUGUCCAUCUAUGCGUUGCAGAACUCUAUCUUAAAAAGUGGUUCUAAGUUCAGACUGGUGGUCCUCUAUAGCGCAGAAAACGAGGCCAUCGCCAACAGAUUGUCAGCCGAUGGGAUUCAAUGUCAGGUUAUCCACCCUUUAACGCCAAUAUUUCACGGAGGGAUGCCUGAACAGGCCAGGCCGACCUUAAAGUGGCCCCUAUUAGCUCUCUGGAAUACGCUAUAUGGCAUUUACGACACCGUGUGUUACAUGUCACCACACACACUCCUUUCAAGCAAUGCCGAUGAGCUUCUGGAAAUAAAUGAUGAAAUAGACAACGAGGUUUGCGUUCUUGUAACAAACAGCACUGCAACACCUUCCAUGAUGAUACUAAAGCCUCAUUGUGAGAUACACAUGGUUCUUGAAGAGUUUGUUACAGUCUAUGGACUGGACUGGGAGAAGGUGAACAAACUAAGUUCAAUGAAUGACUGGAAUAUAUUGGCUGAGCUAUUUCCCGAUUCAUCCAGAAAAGUUGACAUUCGGUAUGGUGCUGACGUGAACAACAUGACCGCCGAAGAUAGCAGUUUUGUUAAGCUACUCGAUUUCAGUCAAGCGAAACCGUGGUUGAAAAAUGAAAACAUUGACGAAUUAUAUUGUAGGAUAUGGUGGAAGACUUUCCGUGAUGCUACGAAUGUCAAAACAGGUUCAUAUGAACUUACAGACUGUAGUAAAUAG